AUGCCUCUGAAGCCGGCUCCAAGUUCGCCGGAGGCGCAGUACUCUCUCGAGGACCCCUCCGAUUUGCAGGUAUCGAGCGCCAUUAAGGUGAUCGACAAGCGCUCGGCAGAAUAUGUCAUUAGAUCAGGCAUUGCGGGCGGUAUCUCAGGAAGCGCCGCCAAAACACUCAUAGCACCGUUGGACAGAAUAAAGAUCUUGUUCCAGACGUCUAACCCCGAAUUUCUCCGCUACCGAGGGUCCUUUUUUGGCCUUUUCAAGGCGGGAAAGAAGAUCGUCGUCAACGAUGGCCUCAUGGGCCUUUUCCAGGGCCACUCGGUGACACUCUUGAGAAUUUUCCCCUACGCUGCCAUAAAGUUUGUAGCCUACGAACAGAUCCGCAGCAUCGUUAUUCCUAACGAUUCAUACGAAACCGCUCCUCGCCGCUUUAUUGCCGGCUCGCUCUCUGGCUUGGCCAGUGUCUUCUUCACUUACCCACUAGACUUGGUGAGGGUGCGUUUGGCGUUCGAAACCAAGACAUUAACCCACCACCCACCUCACCAUGAGCAUGAAUAUUUUGUCACUCACCACAAGGGUCGUCUCUGGCUGAUCAUUCGCCAAGUGUACUUGGAACUUCCUCCACACCGUGAUUCCGACCCCAAGUGGCUCACUUACAUGAGACAUAGAGUACCCCUGUGGCUCCUACCGCUCUCAAAUUUCUACAGAGGCUUCGGUCCUACUAUUCUCGGCAUGAUUCCUUAUGCGGGUGUGUCUUUCUACACGCAUGACACCAUCCAUGACUUAUUCCGCAGCAAGUUGUUGAGCCCAUACUUGGUCGCCCAGCCGCCUUCGUAUCGAGGAGAUACCAAAGUGGUUGUGCAGAAAAAGAACAGUGAUACCAAUGUGAGCUCAAGAGAUACGCGACCUCCUUUGAGAGCGUCAGCACAACUAGUUGCUGGAGGACUCGCAGGCAUGUGUUCCCAGACAGCAGCAUAUCCAUUCGAGGUGAUUCGCCGACGCAUGCAAGUCGGAGGAGCUGUGGACUCGGGUAAAUUCUUGUCAUUUAAGACCACGGCGAAGUUGAUCUUUGCCGAAAGUGGCCUCAAAGGCUUUUUUGUUGGAUUGACCAUCGGCUACAUCAAGGUGGUCCCAAUGGUGGCCUGUUCAUUCUACGUAUACGAGCGGAGUAAAACGUUUCUCGGCAUCUAG